GGCCGUUCCGUAGAUAGAAACCCUAACCCUAAGGCGGAGGAGAGGCGGCGGCCGCGGCGAUCUCAACAGUCAACACCCCCAUCCCCAUCCCCACAAGAACUGCGAUGGCGGAUGGCGUCGGAGAGUAUAGCAAUCUCAACAACCCUAUCACCUGCCCCACAAGAACUGCGGCUGCUGAUGGCGGCGGGGAAGACGUCGCGGAGGGGAGGCCUUGUCUGGUGAGCCCUCCGCCGUUCAAAAUCCGCCGCAAGCUGAGUGCUCCAGGUGCGUUUGCGGCGGCGGCGGCGGCGGAUGGCAGCGGGGAAGACGUCGUGGAGACGAGGCCUCCGCCGGUCAAAAUCAGAACUGCGGUGGCAGAUGGCGGCGGGGAAGAUGCCAUGGAGGCGAGGCCUUCGCUGGUCAAAAUCCGCAAGCUGGUUGCUCCAGGUACGACUUCAAUUGAGGCUGAUCAUCAGAUUGAGGGGGAGGGGGAGGUCGAGAUGGACCUAGGCAAAUCAAACUCCAUCAUCUCCGAGAAGGAGAUCGAGCAUCUCUGUAAGCAGAUGGAAGAGAUGACGACUAUAAUGAGACACAGGAUAAAACCAUCAGCCCCACUCAGCAGCAGCAAUGAGACUGAAGAUGAGGACAAGGCGCAGCCUGUGAUCGAUAGCAUCAUAAAAGAGUUAGCUGAUCUGCAGGGCAGCAUGUCCAAGCUCAAAUCGCAACUGAAACCUUUUUGGCACAAGUACCCGUAUGAGGAGGACUAUGUGGCCCCGGAGGAGGAGGAGAAGGAUCCCAAGGAGAAGGCAAGGUUGGAAAUGGAGGACGAGCAGGUGCUCUUUGAUUCCUACCGUCGAGGCGUUGAAUCUAGAGUUGGAUACUUUGGAUACACAACCCUAGUGAGCCCCAUGCACUUUACACACUACACGCCCAGACAGAUUCCAUCCGAUUAUACUACUCCUAGGACCACCUUGCAGAUCUUCUCGUUCAAGAUUGUCAACAUCAGUUUGGACCUGGAAUGGCCACUCCUGCAUUGGCCACUCAAAGUAUACGGCGUUGUCGCCGCACGAGACAAUGUGGAUAGCAAGUGCAACGUUCUCUUCCAUCGGGAAAGGAAGAACUUCCAAGAGAUCACCAAAAAAGACUCCUUUCUGUGCUUGACUGGCCCAUCUCGUGCAAUCUCAGCCGACCGCCCUCUUGAGUUUGAAGUCCAACUAAAACUCAAGGGCGAUGCAGCAGAGUCUGAAGACAGCGUGUUGAUCAAUAACACAGGCCAUUACAAUGGUUAUGAUACCCAUAAUGGUUUAUAUACUUUCACCAUUGAGAACUGUCUUUGCACAACCGAGUUAAGCCUGCAGAAACUUUAUCGUGGAGCAGUCCAAGCCACUUUCUUGCGUGUCGGCAUUGUUAAAGGCAGUCAAAGCCCUUUCAGUUAUGGAGGCAGAGUUGCUUGCUCCUUGCCACCCCAUAAAGAUGAUGAAGACCCUGCCACUCCCACCCAAGUUGUGUUGCUUGAUUCCCGUGAUUGUGCUGGUGGGAAGAUGCCAAUCGGCGAAGAAGAUGGUUACCUUGAUCUGUCAAGGCAUGUUGUUUCUGUUGAAUUACGAACAGUGAGUGAAGAUUCUGAAGAGUUGGAAGAAACCCUGAAAGUUGUCAUAGAAGCCUACUCUCCUGGUGAUUCUGUGCAAGCUCCUGUCAUGAUCAGGCCUCAAUACUGCGGUAUAAGUAAACAUAAAUGUGACAUCAACGGCUCUAAGGUGAAGAUAACCAUUGCUUGGUCACCUAUUGUUAGCAGUGCUGGCACCAAAAUGGUUGCUGUGUGAGAGGGAUAUGUUUGAUGGUGCUCAAGUAUUUGAUCAGCUAUGUAAGAUGUGAACCUAUAUAUUGCUGUAUCGAUCUGCUAUUUAAGAUGUUUGACUGUGUGUAUCGACUCUGUUUUAUAAGUCAACUCUAGAUGGUGUAUUUCUACUUACAUUACUCC